UAAAGUUGCUUAUAGGGCACUUUCAAGGCUUCAAAAACUCCCAGUAACCCAAUCGAGUCCCAGAAAACACCACUCUCCCUCUCUCUCUCUCUCUCUCUCUCUCUCUCUAUAAACCACCUUAUUGCAAGAAAUAAUGUUCAAGAUUGGAUCAAGCAGAAACAUCUCCAUUUCAGGAGCUUCACUUGGUCCAAGCUUCAAAAGGCAAUUUUCUAUCCAUAUAGGCAGCAAACUAGAAGGCAAAGUAGCACUAAUCACUGGAGCAGCAAGUGGCAUUGGAAAGGAAACUGCAGCCAAAUUCAUCAACAACGGUGCCAAAGUCGUGAUAGCCGAUGUCCAACAGCAAUUUGGCCAAGACACAGCCACAGAACUCGGACCGAAUGCUACCUUCAGGGCCUGUGAUGUCACAAAAGAAUCGGAUGUCUGUAAUGCAGUUGAUUACACAGUCUCUAAACACGGUCGACUUGACAUCAUGUACAACAAUGCUGGGAUUGCAUGCUACACUCCUCCCAGCAUAGUUGAUCUUGAUCUGGCAGCAUUUGACCGGGUCAUGGCGAUCAAUGUCCGAGGUGUCAUGGCAGGUAUCAAGCAUGCAUCGCGCGUGAUGAUCCCGCGUAGAACUGGCUCCAUUCUAUGCACUGCAAGUGUCACAGGAAUAAUGGGAGGGCUAGCACAGCAUACAUAUUCAGUAUCCAAGUCUAGUGUGAUAGGAAUUGUGAAAUCUGUAUCGGCGGAGUUGUGCAAGCAUGGAAUUCGGAUCAACUGCAUAUCACCUUUCGCCAUUCCAACUCCGUUUGUCAUGGGAGAAAUUACUCAGUUCUUUCCGGGGGUUAAUGCUCAACGGCUCAUUGAUAUGAUACACAACGCAGGCGUGUUAGAGGGAGCAUAUUGUGAACCUAGUGACAUAGCAAAUGCUGCGCUUUAUCUAGCAUCUGAUGAUGCCAAGUAUGUUAGUGGGCACAAUCUGGUGGUUGACGGUGGUUUCACGUCAAUGAAGAGUUUGAAGUUGCCUGAACCAGAUCAGAUCCAUCAACCGAAAAUGUGAGAUAGAGCUGUUUUAAACAUUUAAGGUCAAGAAGAUGUUAGGUUGUUAAGACGAAAACAUGCAGACUCCGAGGCUAAAAUCUGCAUUCCUGUUGCAAAGUCCGUGCCUUGAGAUCACAAUUUCACAAUUUGGCAACUACAAGAGGGUAUUUAUGAAUCUUAUGUUGCCAAAAGGAGACAAUUUAGAAGCUGAAAGUGAUCUCCCAUUGAAUUUAGAUAGAUACAUGACAUCAUCCCAAUCACAUUCAUUUCUCUCUUCCAUUGUAUGCUUCUGAAUAAAGCUGUUUCAAGCAGAGGAUCUUGAGAUCACUUCAUUAGAAAUUGAAAAGUCAUUAUUAAGAGUUGCUAUCAAAUGUAAACCUAAUCUGAAUUUCAACUUGCAAAAGGAGUCAAAUUUGUGGUUCAGGAAGUA